UCGUCAGGGCUCAGGUAGCGGAUUUCAGAUAGAUGUUCCUCGGCUCUCCGGUGUUCCCCCGGUAGCGCUGUGUCUCCUGGGUUUUUCGGUGUAGAAGAGUCAGAGAGCAACUGGAGCUCCACAGAUGGCUUCUCCGCUCAAAGUCUGCAUAGUCGGCUCCGGAAACUGGGGUUCGGCCAUAGCCAGGAUUAUUGGAAACAAUGCGAAGUCACUGCAGCGUUUUGCCACCACAGUGAAGAUGUGGGUGUAUGAAGAAAACGUCAACGGCAGGAACCUUACGGAAAUCAUCAACACAGAGCAUGAAAAUGUCAAGUACCUGCCUGGAUACAAACUACCAGAGAACGUGGUGGCCGUCCCACAGCUCAGUGAAGCUGCACAAGGAGCCGACCUGCUGGUGUUUGUCGUCCCUCAUCAGUUCAUCAGGAAACUCUGUGAUGAGAUGGUGGGCUGUGUCUCCUCCAAGGCUCGGGGAAUAACACUCAUAAAGGGAAUUGAUGAAGGACCUGAGGGCCUGAAGCUGAUCUCAGACAUCAUUCGAGAAAAGAUGGAGAUUGAUGUCAGCGUUCUUAUGGGAGCAAACAUCGCCAAUGAAGUAGCUGCUGAGAAGUUCUGUGAAACCACUAUCGGCAGCAGGAUUAUGGAGAACGGCCUGCUGUUCAAAGAGCUGCUGCAGACUCCCAACUUCAGGAUCACAGUGGUGGAAGAUGCUGAUACGGUGGAAUUGUGUGGAGCUCUGAAGAACAUUGUAGCUGUGGGCGCAGGUUUCUGUGAUGGCUUGCGAUGUGGAGACAACACCAAGGCGGCCGUGAUCCGUCUGGGUCUGAUGGAGAUGAUUGCCUUUGCCAAACUCUUCUCUAAAAAUGACUCCGUCUCCACGGCAACUUUCCUUGAAAGCUGCGGUGUUGCUGACCUCAUCACUACCUGCUACGGCGGCCGCAACCGACGAGUUGCAGAAGCCUUCGCCAAGACGGGAAAGAGCAUAGAGGAGCUGGAGAAAGAGAUGUUGAAUGGUCAGAAGCUGCAGGGUCCUGCCACAUCAGCAGAGGUUUACCACAUCCUCAAACAAAAGAACCUUGUGGACAAAUUUCCUCUGUUCACUGCCGUCUAUCAGAUAUGUUUUGAGGGAAAACCAGUCCAAGAGAUGAUCUCCUGCCUGCAGAGCCACCCAGAGCACAUGUGAUCACCCUGUGGGUGUCACAGAGGGCCGAUGAGGGCUGAUGAAGUGUUUUUCUACAGAGAGUAUCAGAGCCAAAACAGCAGUUCUAUCCUCCAGCUUGUGGUAGAAAAACAACCUCAGUUUUCAGGCCAUGGCCAUAGUCCUGUAAAGGGUGAUUCUGGUUUAAAAUGUGGGUCAAAUUUUGUUUAUUAGAUCAUGUUUCUCUACGUUCACUGUCCUGGUAGGGAGGAUUCUGAACAGGGUCCAGGAGACUUUCUCAGCUCAGUUCAGCUGACGUGUCAUCAUGAUCAUCACGGGAAAAGAGUGUGUUUUUGAAAUAGUCUACAAGAAAACCUGUUUUCCACUGUUAUCUGAUGAAGCAUCUUGCUGUGCGUGUUGGGUUUCUGCCUCAGUGGGAACUGUUUUAGUCCAACACUUUCUGGAUCCGGUCCAGUGGUUUGCUUGAAUCCUUUGUCCGUCAUACUUUGUUUUGUGAGUGACAAAAAAAGACACUUAGAAAUUCAAACUGAGCAGUCAGAUCAUCCAGCCAAAAAUCAGAAUGCAGUCGCAUUUCAAACCACCUCCAAAUGCAAUUUGCAUCCACUUUGCAAAAUCACAUUCAUGUAGUUUUCUGCUGUUUAGGACUGCUAAAGUCAAUCUGGAGCUGGAAAAAAUGCAUUGAGAUAAAUAGGUGUUGAUGAUAGAUAUAACAAGUCACCAUGACAGAGAAAAACACUCCAGAAUUAUGCUUCAAAUAUACCACAAAAUUUUCUUUCCUCCAGGAAAUAUUUUGUUUUGUUUCAGUUCUUUUUCGCUGCUGACAAACCUGGUCACAAACUGAAACACCCAGGAUAGACAGAUGGGUGACAAAUUAAAGGAAAUGUAUAUACAUAACAUCUUCCCACACAAAAGAUGUUCCCUCAGUUGGUGCAGAGCACUCUCUAACAUGUGAGUCCAAAAUCUCCUGUAGGUGUUAAAUUGGGUUUAGUUCUAGCAUCUGUGAGGUCCACAUCAUUUUCAUCAAACUAUGUUAUAUGGAUGGAGCCGGUGUCAACGUUUAUGUGCACGUAAUAUUCUUUUUUUUUGGCCAAAUUCU